CCCAAAAUCAUUCACACAACUGUUAGUCUCUCCAAACAACACAUGGAUGAAGUCCUUGCUGUAGUCGGCUGAAGACAUUUCAAAGGAAUGCUAACAAUGCAGGUGACCUGUGCAGCUUUCAUUCUCCUCAUCCAAACACUCCAGUGUUUGGCUUCAGAUGAUACAACAUUUCAACUUACUAACAAGGCCACUGGUUUUUGUUUGGUUAAAAAAUAUGACAUGUGCAUUGACACACGCUGGACAACUGGUGACCGACUUCUGGUUCCCUGGGUGGAAAAGUGCCUGGGAGUCCAAGGGAAAAGUGUGGGAAGUGAAAUAAGUCUCUACGAAUGUGAUGAAAAAAGUGAUUUCCAAAAGUGGGAAUGCAAGAAUGAAACAUUGCUUGCUCUCAAAGGCCACGAGCUUUACAUCGAGCUCACUGCAGAUAACACGGCAAUUCUCACCAAAACCAUUGGACCCAAUACCCCCCUCACAAUUUCAGGGACAUCCAGCGGUGCUUGCACAAGAACAUACAGAGAACUUUACACCAUUGGAGGAAAUGCACAUGGUGGACUCUGCAUGUUUCCCUUUCUGUACAAAAACGAGUGGUACUCAGAUUGCACCAAGGUUGAUUUCUCAGAACUUUGGUGUGCAACUGAAACAAAAUAUGACCAUGAACUCUGGGGCAAAUGCCCAAUUAAUACAAAAUCAGACUGGCAUAAACACCCAACAACAGGAGUGUCUUACCAGCUCAACACACAUUCAGCACUGACUUGGCCCCAGGCUGAAGCCAGCUGCAAACAACAGGUUGCCUCCCUGCUCAGUAUCACCGAUCCUAAUGAGCACGCUUAUAUCACAGCACUACUAAGCCAAGCUGGCUUGGAACAGGGAAACAAGCUUUGGACUGGGCUGAUCCUUGAUCCAGAACAUGGCUGGCAGUGGUCUGAUGGAAGUCCUUACCGUUAUCUGAAUUGGGACUCAGGAAAUCCACUUCCAAGUCCAGGACACAGCUGUGCAAUUGCAAAUGGUGAUGUACAGUACUCCUGGCAAAGUUCACCGUGCAGCAAGAAACUGGGGUACAUUUGCUACAGUAAAGGGGUCAUGGCACGUCCUACCGAAGCUGUUAAGACAGGAUUUUGUUCAAGCCCUUGGAUCCCUUACAACGGCCACUGUUUCCACCUCGAUCGUACUAAGAAAAGUUGGUCUGAUGCUCAGAGAGAGUGCCGCAAAGAAGGAGGGGACCUAGUGAGCAUCAGCAAUGUGGAGGACCAAAGCUUUGUCAUCUCUCAACUUGGAUACGCCUCCAAUGAUGAGCUUUGGAUUGGGCUGAAUGACAAGAAGACAGAGGGGCUCUUUGACUGGAGUGACCACUCUACUGUCAGCUUCACCACCUGGGAGUUUGGGAAACCAUCUAUCUCUACAGACCAAGAAGACUGUGUCCUCAUAAGGGGAGAGAAUGGAAACUGGGCUGCCCGUGUGUGUGAGGAGAAACAUGGCUUCAUUUGUAUGAAGACGAGUGCCUCUGAACCCUCUGGAGAUGAAGUGGAGCAGAAUGUAGGCUGCAAAACCGGGUGGAAAAGACAUGGCUCAUACUGCUACUUUGUAGGGACAGAGACAAAGACAUUUGAUGAAGCUAAAGAUGACUGCAAGAGUUCAGACUCUUACUUGGCUGAUGUUUCAAAUGGGGUGGAUAAUGCAUUCCUUGUCAGCUUGGUGGGGUUGAGACCAGAGAAACAUUUCUGGCUGGGGCUCUCAAACCAGAAAAACAUUGAUGUAUUUGUGUGGACCAACACAGACUCAGUGAGAUUUACUCACUGGAAUGCUGAAAUGCCAGGUCACCAACAUGGCUGUGUUGCCAUGAAAACUGGGAUUUUUGCCGGACUGUGGGAUGUGUUGCCCUGCACCAACAAGGAGAAAUACAUCUGCAAACACCUGGCAGAGGGGGCAGUUACAACCCGUGCCCCGCCAACUGUUCUCCCUCCCCAGUGUGCAGAUGGCUGGUCUCGAGUGGCAUCAAGAAACUACUGCUAUAAGUUGUUUACAGCGUCUUCUUUAAGAAGGACCUGGUAUGAGGCCAGAGAUUACUGCAGGGCCAUCGGAGGAGACCUGCUCAGCAUCCACAGAGCUGAUGAGAUGCAAUGGAAAAAUCGCUAUACAGUCUGGAUUGGACUUAACGCCCCUGACCCAAUCACUGGUUACGUAUGGAGCGAUGGAUCCCCUGUAAACUUUCAACACUGGGAGGAUGGAGAACCAAACAACAAAAAUAGCGUGGAAUCUUGUGCUGAAAUGUAUCCAUAUAAAUGGUAUAGGAGCGGUUUUUGGAAUGAUGUGCACUGUGAGAAGAUAAAUGGAUUUCUGUGUCAGAUCCGUGCAGGAGUGACUCCAGCGACUCCACCCUCUCCUGCUCCUGAUGUUAAUAGGACCUCAGAUGGGUGGCUUGAAUGGAACGGGAAUCAGUAUUAUUUUAAUACAUUAUCAAAUGCCAUGGAAGACGCUCGUCACUUCUGCCAACAGAGGCAUGGUGACUUGGUAACUAUCAACAGUGAAGAGGAAAGACUCUUUUUGUGGAAACAGAUCCAUAAGUCCAGACAUGAAACUAAUUUCUGGAUAGGCCUGACAGUGGAGCUUGAUGGAACGUUCCAGUGGAUGGAUGGUUCUCAAGCGUUGUUUCAAAGGUGGGAAGAAGGUCAGCCUAAUUUCAAGAAUUAUGAUGAGAACUGUGCCAUCAUGACUUAUUAUAGUGGAUUCUGGCAUGAUUAUAAUUGUGGGCAUGACUUCGCUUCCAUUUGUAAACGUACUGGCUCACAUCCUGCCAACACCACUAUGGCACCCCCAGAGCCUCUCAAAGGUGGCUGUCCACCCCAAUGGAAAAAAUUUCACUCUAAGUGUUACAACAUCAUUAACAGUCAGAAAGUCACAUGGGAUGGAGCGAGGAAACAAUGCCAAGAAAUAGGUGGAAAUUUGGUUUCUAUUUCCUCAAGACAUGUGGAAGUGUUUUUGAUGACUCAAAUGGCUGACACACCCACUACAGACCUUUGGAUUGGACUUCAUAAUUUAUAUGGUGGUGAAUUUUACUGGACUGAUGGGCAACCACGGCCGUAUUUCAACUUUGCUUUUAGAAGACGCCACCGGAUCUACCAUCUAAGGAGGAAAUGGAUUGCGAUUAUUGAACAUUUUGGAGAUACUAGGAUUGUCUUUAAUGGAGAAAAGUGUGUUGUGAUCAAUACCAGUCCUGUGCUUGGUAUUGGGAAAUGGAUACCAAAGUCCUGCAAUGACACCAAUGGAUUUGUCUGUCAUCGAAAUGUUGACAAAGCUUUGCCAGACUCCCCUGACUCAACAACUUCUCCUGACUACGUCAAAAUGGUUAAUGAGUCCAUCAAGGUUGUUAGUCAAAAAAUGACCUGGGGUGAAGCCGAGGAGCACUGUGAAGGAGAUGGAGCCAAACUUGCUAACUUGAAAAAUGAGUGGAUCCAGACCUAUGCUGAGCUGAUGGCAUUGAAUCUCCAAGCUCCUCUGUGGAUUGGACUGAACAAAAACGAGACCAAUGGGUAUUUCAGAUAUAUUGAUGGCUGGCCCAUGAGCUUUACUCAGUGGGGUAGCGGAGAACCAAGCAGUGACCGACCAUGUGUGUACAUUGAUGUGGAUGGAAAAUGGAAGACAGCUUACUGCAAUCAGACCAUGAACAGUGUUUGCAUGAAGUCUACAGAUGUGCCACCAACGGAGUCCAGUGCUUUUCCAGGAGUUUGCCCCGAAAACCCGAUAUCACUGCACACAGACCAGAAUCGUGUCUGGCUACCAUUUAAAGGUUAUUGUUAUAUAUUUUUCGCAGAAGAAAAAGAGUGGGCAGAUGCAGCUCAUAGCUGUGUAACACAUGGUGGAUCACUAGCCAGCAUUGAAGAUCCAUCUGAGCAAAUAUUUAUUCAAAGCAAUGUGAAAGUGUUUGAAGACAGCUUCACCACUUUCUGGAUUGGCCUGUUCAAAACUCACAAAGGAGAGUGGUUAUGGUUGGACAAAACAAUUAUGGACUACACUAACUGGGGUGAAGGUGAACCUGGUGAUCAAAGCUAUGGAAGGAUUAGUACUUCCGAUGGGACAUGGAAGCAAAGCAGUUCACGUUUUCCUAAACCCUACAUCUGCAAAACACCCAAAGUAUUACUACAAAAACCAUCACAAGCACCUGUAGUUGCGGUUGAUCACCAUCACCGUGGCUACAUAGCUUCGGCCAUUGUGCUGGUCACUGCUGGGAUUGCAUUGGCGACAGUCAUCGCCGUCUUCCUCUCCAAGAAGUCGGGUCGUCGCUUACCCAUCCUUGACAGAUUAACUGCAUUUGACAACCCACUCUUCUUCAACAAUGUGCAGUCCCAGCCUGAUCUGGUGGACACCAAUCAACUGGUGGAGAAUGCAGAGGAAGAGAACCCUGAUCCUAUUGUAACUGAUUAAUAAAAUAGCAGAAUCUAAUGAGUAACAUACUCUA